AUGUUCAAUCAAUCUGGCAGUCGACGUUGGACGCACUUUCACUCUGCACUCCAGCUUGCAGUACAGAGAUCGGCGCACAAGUGGUCGUUCGAGGAUUUCUCAGAAUGCUUUCCACUCUACGUUGAAGAAGACAAGAACGGUUCUUCAGCAACGUUUAACAGCAUAUCAGACUACAUAGAGGCCCAAAAUUUUAGAGACCUUGAUAAACUCUUCAAGGACUACAAUGUGCAGGAGAAUAUUGAUGUUCUACACAAACUUGUAACAGACGCCAAGGAGAGGAAGACCCACGAAGAACUUGGGAAAGACGUUUGGAAGGAGGAUCUCGAACCCCGCGUCGCCGUAUGCGCCAGAACAAUACCAAUCUUAGACGCCGAGGUCAAAAGAUUACGCGAGCGAUUGGCGAAGGCCAAAGACAACAAUAGCUUAAUACAGGUUCAGCUGGAUGAAAAUGUGAAGGCAACUGAUGAGGCGAACGCAUGCGCAUUGGAGAUCUUGGAUAGCCUUGACGACGUUUGCGAAGAAUGGCAGAAGUUACCACUGAAUGAAGUUGAGGCUUGGACUGUGCAAACCGCAGAGUCGUUGAACCCAAUUUUGCGAUCAUGA